UCACUUCCAACUUCUCUUCUUCUUCUUCUUCUUUUUCAUCUUCCUUUUCUUACCUAAAGCUUUCAAGUUUCUCUCUUCGUUUCUGACCCAUCAAUAACACUGUCACCCAUUAGAGAGAGAAGUAGUAGAAGCUUGAUCACCGGUGAAAAUUCAUUGGGUGGUUGUGUUUGUUGUUUGAUUAAUAGUCAAGGAAGUGUUUGUAUGAUAAAUAUUCUUUUGGAUCAAGAAGGUGGAUCCCUUUUUGUACACGAUUCUCUGAUUUCGUUUCUAGCUUUCUAGUGGAAAGUGGGAAGAAGGCUUGGACUUGUGAUUUGCUUGUUUGUAUUCUACUGUUCUUAUUUGGGGAUUUAUAUAGAGAAAGAUUAGUUUCACUACUUGGUGUUGUGAUCUGUGCGUAAGGGAGGGAAGUAAUAUCCAACGAUAUAGUUGCAGAAAGAUUAGCACAAGAGGGAGAAGAAGGUCUUGACCAGUGGUUUUUGCAGCUAUGGCGAUUCAAGAUCAAAAUGGAUUUACUAGAUCAAUGGGUGGUCCUCCAGUUGGAAAUGGAGUAUCUUUGAGUUCUGGACUACAUUCUGUUCCACAUAUUCAACUUAAUGAUCAGUUUUCUUGCGGGAAUGACUAUGCUCUGAAGGUAAGGAAACCAUAUACUAUCACCAAACAGAGAGAGAAAUGGACAGAUGAAGAACAUAAGAAGUUCCUUGAAGCUUUAAAGCUGUAUGGCCGGGCCUGGCGACGUAUCGAAGAACAUGUUGGCACAAAGACUGCUGUUCAGAUUCGAAGUCAUGCUCAGAAGUUUUUUUCUAAGGUUCUUCGUGACUCUAGUGGGAACAUUACAAGCACUGUGGAGUCGAUUGAAAUUCCUCCUCCAAGACCAAAACGAAAGCCAAUGCAUCCUUACCCUCGUAAGCUAGUAGAGAACUCCAAUAAAGAAAUUUCGAUACUGGAACAGCCAAUGAAGUCUAAUUCUCUGAAGUCAUCAGAUUUUGAUCAAGAAAACCAAUCUCCCAAAUCAGUAUUAUCUGCAGUUGGUUCAGACAGCCUUGGUUCCUCUGAUUCAGAUACACCAAAUGGAAGUUUAUCACCAAUGUCAUCCAUAAGUGGUGUCCAUACAAGUGGUUUUUCACUUGCUGAACCCAAAACACCAUCAGAGGAACCCGGGCUAGAUGUUGAUUCAGCUCAUGAUGAGAAACCUCUUUUGAAACUCGAGCUUCCCACCAAUGAAAGUCUUCCUGACAAAGAAGACACAGCAGAAGAAUCAUCUCGUCGUACUCUCAAACUUUUUGGGACGAUUCUAUUUGUAACUGAUACCUGUAGACCAUGUUCUCCAACAAUUGAGGCAUGCAAACCAAUACCCCUUGACGUAAAUGUCCAUUGCCUCAGCAAAAGGGAUGGAAAAUUUGAACUUGUUGGUCACAGUACACCAAGUGAGACAUCAUCCAUAUCCCAACUAAGGGUGAAAGUGAUACCUGAAACACGUGGCAAAGGGUUUCUUCCCUAUAAAAGGUGCUUUGCAGAGAGAGAAAACCAGUCUUCAUAUGUAACCUCUGAUAAGAGAGAAGAGCAACGUAUACGCCUUUCCUUAUAGCUAACCCUCAAUGGUUUUUCCUUCAAAAUAGUUAUCCCUUUUGAGAUAGACAACAGCUGUUUUCAGCUGCUGGAUUAGAUGGUAUUAGAGAGGAAGGAAAAAAAAAAAAAAAAGGGAAGCUUAAAUUUUUUGACAUUUCUGUUUGCAUUACAAGUUCUCCAACUGUUCAAAUCCACCAACCUGCCUUUUGUAUUUCUUCGAAUCAUAUUUUUGACUUUCAAAUGUGAAUUACCUACUUCUUUUUUUAACCCAACUUUUUUAUGCUCAUUAGAAGUCAUGAAAAUUCUUCAAAGUGUAUGUUACAUAUUUGUGCAAUGCUAAUGAG